UUUUUCCUUCUAACACAUUCUCUCUCGGUCAGAGCAAAGCCACCAAUACCAUGGCCGGUCGUUUUAGCUCAUCCUCAUAUCAAGUUUCCAGCUCUGGUGGUGGCUAUGGAGGUGGUUAUGGUGGUGGCAGUAGCAGCUUUGGAGGAGGUAGCUAUGGUGGAAGCAGCUUUAGCGCAGGCGGUGGCGGUGGCGGUGGCUAUGGCAGUGGCUUCGGUGGAGGCUUUGGUGGCGGAUCCGGCGGUGGCGGAUCCGGCGGUGGCUUUUCCUUCAGCUCUUCCUCUGGCUUUGGAGGAUCAGGAGCAGGAUCCAGCAGCCUGAACAUGGCUGGAGGCGAGAAGCAGACCAUGCAGAACCUCAAUGACCGCCUGGCCUCCUACCUAGAUAAAGUCAGGGCCCUGGAAACCGCCAACACUGAGCUUGAGCUCAAGAUCCGCCAGUGGUACGAGAAGCAAAGUGGCGUUGGUGUUAGCGGUGGAGACAAAGACUACAGCAAAUACUAUGAUAUCAUCAACGACUUGAGAAGCAAGAUCCUGGCUGCCACUAUUGACAACUCUCGCAUUGUCCUGCAAAUUGACAACGCAAGGCUGGCUGCUGAUGACUUCAGGCUUAAGUUUGAGAAUGAACUGGCUCUCCGCCAGAGCGUGGAAGCUGACAUUAAUGGCCUCCGCAAAGUCCUGGAUGAGCUCACAAUGUCCAGAGGAGACCUUGAACUCCAGAUUGAGAGCUUGGCUGAAGAGCUGGCCUACCUCAAGAAGAACCAUGAGGAGGAGAUACAAGUUGCAAGAAGCAGUGCCGCUGGCCAGGUCAACGUAGAGAUGGAUGCUGCUCCAGGUAUAGACCUCACUAAGAUUCUGAAUGACAUGAGGGCCGACUAUGAAGUUCUGGCUGAUAAGAACCGCAGAGAAGCUGAGGCACAGUUUGCAGCUAAGAGCAAUGAAUUGAAGAAGGAAAUUUCAGCUGGUGUGGAACAGGUGCAGACAACCAAGAGUGAAAUCUCCGACCUCAGACGUACCCUCCAAGGCUUAGAGAUUGAGCUGCAGUCUCAGUUGGCAAUGAAAAAAUCCCUUGAAGACACCCUUUCAGAAACAGAAGGCCGUUAUGGAGGACAGCUCAAUCAGCUCCAGCUUCACAUCAGCGGAUUAGAAGAACAGCUCAUGCAGAUCAGAUCAGACAUGGAACGCCAGAGUAUGGAGUACAGAGAGCUGCUUGACAUCAAGACCAGACUAGAGAUGGAAAUUGAAACCUACCGCCGCCUGCUGGAUGGAGAAUUGGGUCAAUUCUCCCAGUCCCAGAGCUCUUCCUCAAGCUCAUCAAGCAAAGGCAUCGCCUCAUCACAAUCCACCUCACAGGUUUCCUCAUCGUCCGCAACAAAAUCACAGUCACAGACAUCUUCUGUAGAUUCCAAAAAAGACCCAACCAAAACCAGAAAGGUGAAGACCAUCGUUGAAGAAGUGGUAGAUGGGAAAGUCGUGUCCUCAAGAGUAGAGGAGAAGGAAGAAAGAGUGAAUUAAAAAGAAAAGCAACAUUGAAGGAAGACCACUCUGUGGACUUGAAGAGGUGGUGCUGGCUUGUGGUGGGGCACUUUAACAAUUCUUUUGCUACAAAUGAAUAAGACAUGAAGUUGUUUCUCUUUUUUGAUUCAAUAAAACCUUUCUUGCAUCUCA